CUCUUUGCAUAUUACUCCACCCAAACAGUCAUGGACCCAGAAGCAAAUGACUCCACCACUCAUCCCAAAUCAAGAGGAAACUGGGUUACCUUCCCUUUUAUCACAGGGACUAUGAUUGGUUUAACACUUGCUGGUGUAGGAUAUUUAUCCAACAUUAUUGUUUAUUUGAUUGAAGAAUUUAAUUUCCAGAGCAUUUCUGCUGCUCAGCUUUCUAAUGUAGUUUCUGGUGGCAAUAAUGUAUUUCCUCUUGUCGGAGCUAUUCUUGCUGAUUCUUUCUUUGGCAAUUUCUCUGUUGUCACAAUCACUUCUUGUGUCUCUUUUCUGGGACUAGUUCUUCUGGUGUUAACAGCACUUCUUCAACCCUUGAGACCUCCACCAUGUCUACCAGCAUCAAGUCUCUGCAAAUCUCCGUCAUAUUUCCAAUACACAGUGCUCUACGGAUCUUUGAUUCUGACAUCAAUAGGAUUCGGAGGUUCACGAUACACAUUAGCAACAAUGGGAGCCAAUCAGUUCAACAAAUCGGAAGAUCAGACCACAUUUUUCAACUGGUUUUUCUUCACGCUCUAUUCCUCCUCUGUAAUCGGCGCAACCGCCAUUGUUUUCAUUCAAGAAGAUGUUAGUUGGGCAGUCGGAUUUGGUGUUUGUGUUGCUGCGAAUUUUAUUGGUUUGGUUGUUUUCCUCGUCGGAAAACGGUUUUAUAAGCGUGAUGAUAAACCGGAAGGAAGCCCAUUCACGGGAUUGGCGCGUGUGGUUUCUGCUACUGUGAAAAAGAGACAUGUGGAGUUAUCUUCCAGAUGUGAGGAUUAUUACUGUGAGAAGGAUGAGAAGGGACAUGAUAUUGCUGGUUCAUUGACGAAGAGCUUCAGGUGUUUAAACCGAGCAGCAAUAAAAACCGAAGGCGACGUAAAACCUGACGGAUCAAUUGCAAAACCAUGGAGAAUCUGCUCGGUACAACAAGUAGAAGAUUUCAAAACCCUGAUCAGAGUUUUUCCAAUAUGGUCAUCAAAUAUAUUAGUAGCAAUUCCAAUAGCGGUCCAAUUGAGCUUAACGGUACUUCAAGCCCUGGCCAUGGAUCGUCACUUCGGAAAACAUUUCCAAAUCCCUGCCGGUUCAAUCUCAGUCCUAGUUUUAAUCACGAAUUCCAUCACGGUCCCACUGAUUGAUCGGAUUUUUAAUCCGUGCUGGCGGCUUCUAACACGAAAAUACCCAACCCCAUUUCAAAUAGUAGGAGUGGGCCACGUGAUGAAUGUGGUAAGUAUGGUUGUUUCCGCUUUGGUCGAGUCUCGGAGACUAAAAUUAACGGACGGUCAAAUGCCGGUUACGUGGCUAUUUCCGCAACUAAUAUUAGUAGGAAUCGGAGAAGCGUUUCAUUUUCCAGGACAAGUUUCGUUAUAUUAUAAAGAAUUUCCGGUGUCAUUGCGUAGUACGGGAACGGCUAUAAUAUCUUUUAUUAUUGGGGUAUCAUUUUAUUUAAGCACAGGUUUGAUUGCUGUGGUUGAAAAGGUUACAAAUUGGUUGCCUGAUAAUAUAAAUGAGGGAAGAGUUGACAAUGUGUACUGCGUUAUGGCGGGAUUAGGAGUAAUUAAUUUUGUGUAUUAUUUAAUUUGUGCUCAUUUGUAUACUUAUCAGAAUGUUGAAAAGCCAAUUACUAAGGAGACUGCUUUAGUUUCUGAUAUGACAAGUGAAUAAAUUGAAAUAGAACAAGUAGCUCCUAGAAAUUAAAAUAAACACUCUUUUCUUGUCUUGUAA